AUGGACCCGAUUAAGUAUGUUUUUGAAAAACCAGCAGUAAUAGGACGGGUGGUGCUGUGGCAAAUGCUAUUGACCGAAUAUGACAUCACCUAUGUAACUAGAAAGGCUAUCAAGGGUAGCGUUAUUGCGGAAUAUUUGGCAGAUAGAGCUGUGGAGGAUUAUCAGCCUGUGGAGUUUGACUUCUCAGAUAAGGACAUUAACACAAUAAGCCAAGAAGGAGAAGAUCACGAAGGCUGGACAAUGUUGUUUGAUGGGACAGUCAACGUGUGGGGACAUGGAAUAGGGGUUGUACUCAUAUCUCUAGAAGAAGAGCAUUAUCCGGUCACAACUAAGCUUACUUUUCCAUGCACCACCAAUAUAGCAGAAGAGUGGGAAACCUGGGAUUCCAAGCUAGUGCCAUAUCAAGAGUACAUUCAAGAGAUGAUUAAAGGAUUUGACAGCAUUAAUUUCUCCCACCUACUAAGAGAAAACAACUUGAUUCCUGAUGUACUCGCCACUCUAGAGGCCUUGGUCAACUUAGAACCGGGAAUGGAGAUUGAGCCAAUUCGGAUCAGAGUACACUCGGAACCCACAUACUACGCAGUAACAGAAGAAGCUGAUGGGAAACCCUAG